GGGUGGGGCCCGCGGGGUGAGGGGUCGGUAAAUAUUGGUGACGUCACACCGCCAAGAUGGCGGAGGGGGAGGACGGGGGCUGGUGGCGGAGCUGGCUCCAGCAGAGCUACCAGGCCGUCAAGGAGAAGUCCACAGAGGCUUUGGAGUUCAUGAAGCGGGACCUGGCUGAGUUCACCCAGGUGGUGCAGCACGACACCGCCUGCACCAUCGCCGCCACGGCCAGCGUGGUCAAGGACAAGCUGGCAAGGGCUGAAGUCUCCUCAGGUGCCACUGAGAAGGUGAGGAAGGGGCUGUCUGACUUCCUGGGGGUCAUCUCGGACACCUUUGCCCCCUCACCGGACAAGACCAUUGACUGUGACGUUAUCACGCUGAUGGCGACGCCCUCGGGUACCACGGAGCCCUACGACAGUGCCAAGGCUCGUCUCUACAGCCUCCAGUCCGACCCAGCCACCUACUGCAACGAGCCCGACGGCCCUGCUGAGCUGCUCGAGGCCUGGCUCGCUCAGUUCAGCCUGGAGGAGAAGAAAGGGGAGAUUGCUGAGCUGCUGGCAACCAGCCCUUCCAUCAGGGCACUCUACACCAAAAUGGUCCCUGUGGCUGUUUCCCACUUGGAGUUCUGGCAGCGCUACUUCUACAAACUGCAUCGCCUGGAGCAGGAUGAAGCCCGGAGGGAGGCUCUGAAGCAGCGAGCGGAGCAGAGCAUGCAGCAAGAGGAGCCAGGCUGGGAGGAGGAUGAAGAUGAGUUCUUGGGGAUGUCCCCCCUGCCUUGCGCAAACAUCACAUUUCCAGGGGCAGCACAGAAGGAGCCUGGCCCGGCGGGAGCGCACCCCGCGGCUGCCGGGGGCCCCUCCGGGGAGAGCGGGGCUGUGCCGCCCGCAGAGCCGCUCCCAGCCGAGCCCAGCCCCUCGGAGAGCAGCGAGAGCGCGUCCCUUGUCACUCAGAUUGCCAACCCCGCCCCUGUGCCUGCCGCCCAGCUACAGACUGCAGCUCCAGCCCUGGGCGCCGAGGACCUCUCCCAGAGGUUGGUGGAGGCCACCUUGGAAGAGCAGAGCUCCCCGCCGAAGCCCCCAGAAGCUGCUCAGCCUUCUGCGCCUGCCGAGGAAUCGGCGGCUGGAACGGAGAUCAGAGAGCUGGAGAGCAAAGGCCAGGCCAGGACAGAGACUGUGAGAGAGGAAGGGCCCACAGAUCUGCGAGUCUUCGAGCUCAACUCGGACAGCGGCAAAUCCACGCCCUCCAACAACGGCAAGAAAGGCUCCAGCACGGAUAUCAGCGAGGACUGGGAAAAGGACUUUGAUCUGGACAUGACGGAAGAGGAGGUGCAGCUGGCGCUCUCCAAGGUGGAAAUGUCUGGGGAGCUGGAAGAUGAAGAGUGGGAAGACUGGGAAUAAAGCAGCUGCUUCCAGUGUGUGUCACAGGCUCAUUUCCACCAUCGAAUGUGAAUUCAAUCACGGACCGGCUUUUCCUUUGUGUGUGACUGUGCUGGGGGUUGCAGUUCCAGGCUGGAGGAGUUCCAUUCCUGCUAAAACCUGUGGGCAACUCAAGUGACCCCUUCAGAUCCUGGAGGAGGAAGCAGGAGGUCACUGGCACGCAGGAGCCCGGCUUCUGCGCAGGUCCUAGAGACUGGCCAAGCCAAAACUGACCCUGACGUGUCGGGAAGAGGCAGAGUGAGGGGUCCCUGGGGCCAGCUGGGCACUCGGAGCCCUGCCAGGUGUGCUGGGUGCUGCCAGGCUGCCAGCUGGCUCCUUCCUUGCUUGUGUGUGCACGUGUGACCUACGGCUGAGAGGCUCCUGGAUGUGCUCCGCUCGCUGCUCCGCAGUUCCCACCCGGGGAGGGCCCGAGGGCUGGAGGUGCUGCACAAAAAGGCGCUUGGCUCGUGGCUUUGAUCCUGGAAGGAGCCAAACCCCCUGCCAAACCCCGAGCUUCUGCCUGGCUUUUUGUCUUGGAAGCUUUUUUCUCGUGGAAACUCCCGUUUCCAGCAGUUCCUCAAAGAGCCAAGGCCUGCUGCUCCCCUCGCCUUUGCAGCUGCACCGCCUUCCUGCGCUGGGUUUUGUGUCUUUCUAGUUAAAUUCUCCAAGCAAAAUCCUGGUGGCUUGCUCUUACUGGAGCCCUGCUGGGCUGGCAGUGCUUUGGGUCUCCUGGGAACAGAACCCCUCGUGUUGGUGCCCAGCUCAGCCCUUGCAAAGGCCCAGCCCGACCCACUUCAACCUCUGUUUGUCCACCCUGGGGAGAGAAGCUCCCAGCUGCGGGUGGUCCCUGCUGGCUGAGGCUGUGUCCCCAUCUGAGCCCUGUGCCAGCCGUGCCAGGCCCUGCAGCCACCACGAGCUUCGCUGUGCUCGCUUGGCUUCCCUCACCUCAGCCCCUGACUGCUGGCAGCGCUCCCUGCGGCCCCCCGCCUCUCCCUGGGGCAGCUCCUUGUCACCGCUCGAGGUGUUGCUGCUGCACAGUCACCCCAAGGGGACACUGCCCUCCCUGGGGUGACGCUUUCUGCCUUUGUCCUGUCCCCGGGGCUGGGGGUUUCCUGCACUAAACGAGGCGCACUUGGAAGAGUUGGGGUUUUGGGGUUGGGUUUUCCUCUUUUGGGGUGACUCCUGGUGCCACCCCUGCCCUGCCAAAGCCCUGGGGACGGCUCUGCUCCUGCCUGGGGUGGGUCCAGCAGAGCCUCACCUUGUCCUGGCUCGGUUUACGGUGGGCAGGGGACACAGGGGACACCGGUGGGGACCUGGGGCUGGCCUGAGUCCCAGCUGAUCCCACAGCAGAGCUCGAGGGUGCAGCAUCUGUGUCACUUUCUUUUCUUCUUUAGUCGAAUUAACCGUUGGGUUGGUUGUGCAAUAUUCUCUGUUCUUGAACUAUUCCGCAUCCCCCUGAGCCUUUUCUAGCUGGGGUGACAAACCAGGAACAAUUCUAACAGCUGGUAGUUUUGUAACGAUGACUUUCUCCAAACCUUUUACAGACUUGCAGUUAACAGCGAUUAAAGUUCUCAGAGUCUC